UUCAGAUCAAUUAUGAAAAUGAUCACGUCAGUUAGAGGUUUGCAUGCUUGAUUCUAAGUCCCAGAGGCUGAGCAGAAAAUUCAGGACUCAAAACGAGCCACCAUGUCGAAUUCGUUAAAUCCCCUAUGAUAAUGAUCGCUCUAGCCAGUCAUCUGGAUCAUCUUCAAAUACAUCACACGCAUUCAGCAAAGUAGAGACUAAAAACAAAAAAGCAGAGGAAAAUGUACAAACUGAAUGUUCUGAAGAAGAUUCGGACUCCAUUGGCUCAGAAUUACAGGAAAUGAUAACUGGCUCUCCAUCCGCAGAAAAAACAAACAAACUGAAAAGUAAACUGAAGGAGUUGGAGAAUGUUACACUUAACAUCGCUGUAACCGGGACGACAGGGGCAGGAAAGUCUUCCUUUGUCAAUGCUCUGAGAGGACUUCGUAAUGAUGAUGGGAGAGCAGCUCCCACAGGAACAAUUGAGACAACCAUGAAGCCAAACAUGUACUUACAUCCUUUCAUGCCAAACGUCAAAAUCUGGGAUUUGCCUGGAAUUGGUAGUCCAAAAUUUAAAGCAAAGAAAUACCUGAAAGAUGUCAAGUUCAACACGUAUGACUUCUUUCUCAUAGUGACCUCUGAAAGGUUUAGGGAGAACGACAUAGAGCUGGCCACAGCGAUCCAGAAGAGCAAUAAGCUAUUUUAUUUCAUUCGCACUAAAAUUGACAAUGACGUUCGUGCUGAAUCACAAAACAAAAACUUUGAUGAGCAGACAUUGCUCAAUAACAUCCGAGAGGAUUGUAAGUCCAACCUGCUGAAAGUCGGAGUACCCAAAAUAUUCCUAGUAUCUUCAUUUCAAUUGGAAAAAUAUGACUUUCAGAAGCUGAUCAACACCCUCGAGGAUGAACUUCCUGAGAACAAAAGAUUUGCUCUCAUUCAGUCUCUGCCCAUUUAUUCUCUAGAAGCCCUGGCAAAGAAGAAAAAGUACUUUAAGAAAAUGAUUUGGCUGAAUGCCUUUGCGGCCGGGGUCGGGGCGAUGCCUCCACUCCCAGGAUUGUCAGUGGCCUGUGAUUAUGGCAUCAUGAAGAAUUUCUUUCAACAAGUCUCUACCAGCUACGGCUUAUCAAAUGCAGCCCUAGAGGUGCUAUCAGAACGAGUGAACAAACCGGUGGAGCAACUGAAAUCUGUUAUGACAUCACGCUUCAAAGAUGGAGUCACUGAUAAGGUUGUACUAAAUAUGUUGUCUAAUCCAGUCAUUGCUGUAGCCAAGACGCUGGGGACCGUAAUGGCUCUUCUGCCAGGAGGAGCUCUACCGGCGGGAGGGGCAGCUAUCAUCUCUGUGCACCACCUGCUUAACAAGGGACUGAAUGAGAUGACAGAAGACACCAAAAAAGUUCUUGCUGCAUCACAACUUGCCUAAUAUAAGACACAAAUGAGCCUCAGAUCAGGCUCUGAAUUUAUAUAACAAUUAACAGAAAUUAGACAGCAACAGUUCUGAUGUUGCAGAAAAUGUGUCUUGAAUGAAUAGUAAAGAAAAAACUUACUAGAAAGUAAACUUAGUAGUUUAUCCAUAUAUACUUUUUUUGUAAUUAUGAUUAAAAUAAAAAUUCUUGGAAAUGUGAAUAAAAAUAAAAAUAAAUAAAAAAA